GUCUCGGUGGUUGUGUUAUGUUUUUCUGGUUUGUGUGCGAGAAUCGCCUUGAGCUAAAGAUGCUGACGAGAUUACCACGACGGGUUGCUGUUACGACGACGACGGACGGACGGACGGAACAACACAUUUCGGAGCAGCGUAGCGUGUAGAAGAAUCGCAGUAACCUUCGCGGAGUUGGGCGUGCUCAAGUUUCAGGUUUUUCUGGUCACAUUUUUUCGAGUAUUUCCGGACCGGAAGUGGUGUACGAUGCGUUAGAUGUCGAGUUCAAGUGUUUAUCUUUGUGGGAAUGUUUUGAUUUCGCACGGAGUCACGGAUUUUUUCAUCGAAAGAGAGACAGCGAUUAAGCAACCUUUUUUCACGGAGGAAGUUGUUGGAAGGGGAAAACAAAGAAGAAAAAGAAGGUUCAGCACGGUGACGACGGAAUUUUUUCGCGUUGAUAGUGGUUCGAGCAAGGGACUACGUAAUGAACGAAUUGGCUGUAAAACGAGAACAAGAGCUAGAUUUGGGUGAGUUUCACACGACCGAACCCGUUGGAGGUGACGAAAAUGGUGGAUCCGAUCAGGAGAUUGUUGUCGGAAUCGACGAGGACCAUAUUAAUUUUCUAACCAGUAUGGCGUCCGGCGAUGAUGAUUCACUGGACGGUCCACCGGAAGUAGAUGGCGCAGGAGGGGGAGUAAUUGUGAAACAAGAACACGGGCAAGAUGAAGAAGAAGAUGUUAUGGCUGCAGCGGAAUCGAUUCUAUCGAGAACGGCGGAACGUACGCAGCAGCAGAUUUAUCACUGCGAGUAUUGUAAUAAGACCUUCACUUGGCUGAAAUCCCUUACGGUGCAUCUUCGCACGCACACCAACGUAAAACCGUACAAGUGCGAGCUCUGCGACAGGUCGUUUGUGCGUUCCGAUUAUCUCAAAUACCACAUUAUAAAAUCCCAUGAAACAAACGAACAGGUUUUUACCUGCACUGCCUGUUCCGGGGUAUUUGCCACUAAUCGAGGUCUGCUGAGACACAUUCGCACCGAACACUACGGCAAUGCUGAUCGGAAAGAAAAUUACUCCACUAAUCCGGACUAUCCCUCGGAAAACGAAUCCCACGGUGAAGUUGAUGAGAAUGGGAAAUUUGCGUGCACCUAUUGUGAUGAAUGUUACGAUUCUCGUGAUCCUCUGGUUCAGCACAUAAAGCGUCAUUUGGGAGAAAAGCCAUUCAGGUGUGACCUCUGCCCAAAAUCGUUCAUUCGGCAGGAUUUCCUUCAAUGUCAUCGGUCCAAUCAUCUGAAAACCUUGGAUUUUAAGCAGAAGAGUUUCCCAUCGGAAGCCUCCAAGCGGCCACGUAUUGGCUUGAAGAAGAUGGAAGAUCUAGUACAGUCCAAUUCGGUUUCGCGGGCUGAAUCAAGCGAAGAUGAAGGAGGUGAUGGAGGUGCCAGUUCGUCGGAGAGUGAGGAAGAGCAACAGAACCUGGGCGAAGAGACUGAGGAACAGAAAAGUAUGAUAGCAGCCUUGCUAACCGAGGUAUCCAAGACAGAUGGCGGCAGGUUGCAGUGUCCACGGUGCGAGAAAACUUUCUCGAAGGAAACGUCCUUGAGGGUACACCUACGGUCGCAUACAGCAAUCACCCCCUUCAAGUGUCCGCUGUGCAGUUUGGCAUUUAUGCGGCAGGACUAUUUGAAAAAUCACCUCAAGAAACACAUCGAAGACAACGGCGAGGACCCGGGUGCCCCCGGGGCCAUCGAUACUUCCAAUCUGUCCUUCAGCACGGCGCCCUUUGCGAGCACAACGGUCACGAGCAGCUCGACGACGCCUUCGGUGUCGCUGCUGAAGCCGCUCAGUGCUCGUCCACAAUCCACUGGAAUCUCGUUGCUCAAGCCACCGGAGGAGCGGAAACCACCCGACCAACAGGAGUACUGCAUCCGCACCGAAGAUGGUAAAUUUAUGUGCACUGCCUGCGAACGGGUUUUCUCCCAUCAGCAAACCGUUCGUAUCCACUACCGAAUUCACACCAACGAGAAGCCCUACAAAUGUAGUCACUGUUCGGAAUCGUUCAUCCGGUCGGACUACCUGGAAAGGCACAUGAAAAUCCACUGGAAGGACGGUAAUCCGAUGGUGAUUUUGCCCCCAGUGGUGACGAAAGGUUCAUUUGCGGGCAUCGGGAUGUCAGACAGUAGUGACUCCAUGAGUCCCCAAAAACCAACCAUUGGUCGAGCCGGUCUACUGCCAGAAAACUACCACUUUGUGGAUGCUGGAGAUGGUCAGUAUGCAUGUAAGAUCUGUGAUCAAGUAUUCAACCACAGUGACUCACUGCGGAAGCAUGCCCUCACCCACACGGAGGAGAAGCCAUUCUUUUGCGACGUUUGUGAUCGAUCGUUCAAUAGGGUCGACUAUCUGAAAGAGCAUUUUAAGUCGAAAAGACAUAGACAGGCAUUGGCCGAAGCGAAUGGCGAGAUGUUAGAUGAUGAUGACGAUUCUACGACGGAUAUGAGUUACACUAGUAGGAUGGCUAAGAUCAAAUCACCCAUCAGUCCUAUGACGAAUGCCCUGGCAGAUAGAAUAGAGUUUCAGAAGACCGGUGAUGGACGGUACAAAUGUUCCGAGUGCGAUAAGACCUUUGUGACCGCCGUGACCCUGAAGAUGCAUCUUCGGCUACACACCGGAGAAAAACCGUACAAAUGUGACAAGUGCGACAUGGCAUUUAUUCGUUCCGAUUAUCUGAAAACGCACGAGAAAAUCCACCGACAGGAGGCGUUCAUGAGGCGACGGCAGAUGACAGGCGAGGGACACUUUUCAUCGGAAGAUGGGUCGAACGAUGGUCUUAUGCAGCAGGUGGAACCACUGGCAGAUUUCCAUGGGUUGUUGAAUCUGAAGACAGAUCCGGAUGUGGAAGUAGGUGGGACGAUUGUCGAGGAUGGCGAAGUGAAUGGGGAAGAGGAACAAGAAGAUGAGGAAGAAGAGAGCGAGGAUGAACAGGUCAUUGAAGUGAUGGUAAAAGAGGAGGAUUCCGACGAUGAUGACGAUGACGAUGAUGAAGAAGAAGACGAAGAGGAACAACAGGAAGGUGAAGAGGAACGGGACCGUCCGAAUGAGGAAGAUGAAGAAGAAGAAGAGCAUGAGAACAACAAUAGCUACGAGCACGAAGAAGACAACAUAUCCCGAGCGAGUGAAGGCGUUAAUUCCGAGCCAUCCGGUCCAAAAUCAAAGCACCGGUGCCACAUAUGCAAGAAAGAGUUCGCCUGGCCAAAGUCGUUGAAAAUCCAUCUACGAACGCAUACCGGUGAGCGGCCGUAUGAGUGUGACGUGUGUGGCAAAAGCUUUACACGUUCGGACAGUCUGAAAGCUCACAGAAACACCCAUGGCGAUGUUCGGGUACUGCAGUGUCAUCUGUGUGAGGCUAGUUUUCUCAGCGAUAGCGGGCUGAUACAACAUCAACAGGAAGAACAUGGCAUUGAACCACUGGAUGGCUAUUGAAUCCUCAGAAUAAACCGUCGAAGGUGACCCACCCAUUCUACUUCUGCUUUCAAACCGAGAGAGCUGCACCAGGUUUGAUUGGAUUGGUUUUAUUCACGUACACCUACACCGAAUUACAAACAAAAAUGUAUAAACUGAGGAAAUAAUUCCGUUAUUUCUAUAAUAGUAGUGUGUAAUGUACAAAAAAGGAAUGUAGUUUUUAAAUAUUUGAUUUUUAUGGUUUAAAGUGAUAAAGAACGCUAUGGAAGCGUCCGAAGUAAAAGUAGACGGUAUAAGUAGUCGUUAUGCCGCACCGGUGUAAAGACAACAUUCUUCUUGUUGUUGUGAGUGGAUGGUAAAAGUCUUGAAAACAUGAUCCAAUUUUUACGUUUGCUUUUAAAGCCAUCUUCCGCUGUUGUUUUGUGUUAGGCGAGUCUGGACAGAGCACCUGGCAUUAUUCUUUAUGUCUCUUUAGUUUUUAAUCAGCAGCAGUAUGCAAACAAUAAUAUGGAGAGCAAACUUGAUUAUGCAUAAGUUUCCCUACAUACAUUGCCUACUUAUGCAAAACACAAUCCCAACAUGUUAGUUUAUUCACCGAGUAUGUAUAUUUGUUUCGAUUGUAAAAUGGUAUCUCGUUUAACAAAGUGAUUGAAUCAUCUUAUCUUAAGAGUUUCGUAUGGCGUAAUGCUUGUACCUACGUAUCGUGAUUUAUC